CCAAUUGUACGCAGCGGACUCGGCGGGUUUUCAUCCAAACUCCAAAGCGUCUGCCCGCUGCCGGUGUCGCCUUGUCUCCUUUCGGCCGAAAUCUCCGUCUCCAGCCUUCCAGCCUUUAUUCUUUGAUUUCCCCCUUUUAGAAAAGAAAAAGAAUGCUGGCCGAAGAAGAAUUUCUUCUUUUCCCGUCUUGCGACCAGCUUUGAGAGUUUUUGUCGUCUAUCGAAACAUUUGCCAUGUACCUGGAAGAGUGUGCCGUCGCCGACGUCCGUGAAGAAGUGGUCAAACUUCUCAAAUUGCUCGGGAUCAAGCACAACUUGAAGAAAGCCGACUACAAGCCUCAGGGGGAAACACAAAUUGAAGUUUAUCAUGUAUUUAAAACUGCAUUAGAAUUACUUGAAAAAGAGAGCGUCCUUUUACCUCAGAGUGGAGUUCAAGUUGAAAUUCCUGUUUUUAUUAUAGACUCAUGUAGAUUCAUAGAACAAAAUCUAUUAGUUGAAGGUCUUUUUAGAAAAGCAGGAUCUACGUCAAAGCAAAGAGAGCUGAGAGCUCUACUGGAUUGUGGAAACCGAUUGGAAAUCACCGAUGAACAUCACGUAAUUAAUGUGGCUAAUUUACUUAAAUUAUUCUUCAGAGAGCUUCCGGAACCACUUAUACCAUAUAAGUUUCACAACACAUUUCUCAGGUGUCUCUCUUUAAAGCAAAAAAAGGUGGAAGCCAUUUUGUUAUGUUGCUUACUACUUCCAACUGAUCACUUAAAUGCAUUGGCAUAUUUAUUAGUGUUUUUAAAUCGUGUAACUCAACAGAAAGAUUUUAACAAAAUGGAUGUUGGCAACCUGGCGAUUAUUUUUACACCGAACGUAAUGCCAGUCAAUGCACCGAAACUUACUGCACAAGGCAGUGUGAAAAUAAACCGUCACGUCUUAAUUGUGCAGACGCUUAUAGAAAAUGCAACUUUGGUUGGAGUUUUACCUGAAGCGAUAUGUGAUAAAUUAGGAUAUUUGAACGUUUCGACGUCCAGCACGGUUGACAUGGACAUGUCUCAAAAUGUUAGCAUUAAGAAAAGAAGGAAGAGAAGGAGCAAUUCUCUUACAAAAAUGAUCUCUGGCUUUAAAAAAAUCAUGUCCAAGUCUUCUCCCGAUUUCACCGAGGGUAUGGAUUCUCCUGUGCCUAACCUCAGUGCUCAUACUCCGAAACUUAUUCUUUCGAGGAAAAGAAAAAAUGAAAGCCAAGGAUUUUCGAGCAAAAAAAAAUGUGAAAUGAUUGAUAUGCUGCCAGGAAAAGUUAUUCUGCCCAACACACCUUUUAAAAUUAAAUACUCGUCAACGACAAUGCUCACCCCACGUACUCUGAUUUCUAGUUUUAAACAUGGAAGUCCUCCUCAAAAGCAUAAAAUAAAACAUUUGCAACCAACUGCCAACCCAAAGUGUACCAAAAAGAACAAUGCUGCUAUGGACAUGGCUUCAAGAAAAUGUAAAAAUGUGGAAAACAAAUUAUUUGAGACCAGCAAUGGACGAAGUUAUAAUAAAUGUGAAGAGUUUACGAACUCGGCAGAAACCACGUCUGAAGAAUAUGUGAGGAUACCCAAAGAAGAAUAUGAAUCGAUUAAAAAAAGGGUGAAUAACAUAGAGAAUUGUUUAGACAAUGAACUUGAAAAUAUAUUGGGCGUAACAAUCAGUGAUUACGAGGACAGUACAGUUGAACCUAACGGGUUAGGUUUACUCUCAAACAUUGAAACAGCAUAUGCAAAAACUAUGGAAGAAUCAGGAAAAUUGAAUUGCAGUUCUGUUUCCCAAAAAUUGCAGAGAGAUUUGAGAAUAAGACGUAAAUCUGAUCAGAUUAUAAGAUCUCCGAGCGCCAGAAAAAUUGGUUCGAUUCGAAGAUCCCGUGAGAAUAUUUCUCUCAAAAAUGAGUUGAGGAGGCACUCUUCUUUAAAUGUAAAUGAUAGACGUGUCGGUGAUCAUGUGACUUCUUCAAGAUCAUUGCGUCGAGGAAGGCCGAAUACGAUUUACACGGGGCUUCCUCAGCCUUCCCCUCAAGUGCACAGUACGUUAGAUCUUAACGAAGAAAUGGAUGUAAGUUUUCCUAAAGUGGAGGAAACAAGAGAUGAAAAAGACCAUCAAAAUAACAAUUGGGAAUUGGCGAAAGAAUAUUUUUCCAAAAAUGAAAAGAUGGACAUUAAAGAAAGCGGAAGAGUUUCAAUUACGCAAAUAAGAAACCAAAAUCUCGGAAUGGUAUUGGCAAAGGCUAAAUUAUAUGACAGCUUAGCUUCAGAAAAUUUAAAAAAUGAUACUGAAGACACUAGAGCUCCGGUGCCUAGAAAUAAAAAAGGGCAAUCACCAAAGAUCGCCAUACGUAAUCGACUUAUCCAAGAAGGCUCGCAGAUAUCAAACCUGUCUACAAGAUCGAGCAGCAGUCAAGACAUAAAAUACAGCAAUGUAAAAGUAAGGCCUUCAAAAUCGUUUAACACAACGUCAACGGUAAAAUGUUACGACAGCCUGUUUGCACAAUCUCCUCAGAGAAACAGCGAUAGGCUACGACAGUUUAAGACUGGUCAUUAUCUCUCGCCAAAAAAAUUAAAAAGGGCAGGGGACAAAUUGUCAAACUCCUCUUCUUUGUCUGACAACGUCACAAGACGGAAAUCUCUUAGAAUCGUUACCAUUAAAAAUGAUUUAAAAUAAAAAUAUUGUAAAUAGAAUAAAAUAUUAUUCAUAAUGAUUGAUUGA